CCACUGCCCAACUUCUUUUCCUUAUGAAAUAUCUUCAUGCCCACAGCUCACUCGAAUCCCACGAUGCACUUUACAUAACUGCCUUUUAAGAAAAGAGCUGGCCUCAGCUUACAUUCUUUAGGGAUCGACAGGUUCAGUUCCACCUUUUACUCACCCAUAUUACACUGCUAUACUAUAUCAACGCCCGAGCGCUUCACCGCCGGCGGACCCAUAUCUCAUAUCCUAUAUCUUAACAAUAUGACCACCAUUAUGUCUGUAGAACAGCCACACCCACCGAAUGGGCUGGAUGAGGUUCAGAAGUCGGUGUCUUCCAGAAUAUCCAAGGAAUCCCGUGAGCAGUCGAGAAAUAGCUUCGCAUCAUAUUCGACCUGCGAAGAAGACCUUGCCGACGUUUUCAACGAUAUGGACGAUGCGUGUAUAAUCGAAGAGGCUACGGUUUUAGAUGCUCGUGAAGUUACUAUUGCGACUCCUAAGCUACCGGAGAAGAGUGCACUCAGGACUUCAAGACUUUUGAGUACUCUGCAGCGUAUCUCGACCGAACCGAUCACCGACCCGCACGACGCCUACCUCUCCUCCGAGGAGGAUGCCUCUUCAUCCGCGGACGACUUCUCCGACUACGAGUGCGACUCUAACAGUGACCAAUCCGAGAAGUCUCCAGCGCGACGCAGGAGUCAGGAGGACACCGCUAGGGCCGUCUCGGUAAUAUAUGUCGGAAAGCCUUUCGUAGUGGACCUGGCGAGCGGUCGAAGAUCGGUAUCACCUAUUCGAAGACCUCGAACAAGAUCCUCGUCUCCUUCUAUCCGUACAAACUCGUUUGAAAGUCGACCAGGUCCGUUGCGGAAGACUAGCUUCGCAUCCACCACGGAUAUACCCAGGGAAAGCCCUCCUUUUCUCAGUCAAGACCCCUUUGCUACUAGCAACUACAAGCUCGAGUCAGCAUCGAAGGUACCGGUGCCAACUGACGUUAUCCCUCGAUCUAAGACUCCAUUCCAUCGUCUCCAAAGAACGAUGAAUUUAGUUAGGAAGCGCAGCCGUCCAAAUCUUAAGGACGCCGCCUCCAGAGACAGUAUCUUUAGUUUGAGGUCCAUAUCAAGCUCAACUACGGAUCUUCAACUUACAUUAAAUACGUUACGCACAGCCGGUGAGGAACAGCAGCAAGCUAGGAGACACGAGCCAGCAUCUGCUGCCCCCGCACGGCCUCAGACCCCCGUGACUUACAACGAUAUCAUGAUGUCGGCGCGGAGGGAAUCACACCCACGAUUACUUACUAAACUACCUCCGUCGACACAACCUACGAGCCCAAGCCCAACAACAUUAAAGAGGGGCAUAUUAAGCGGUCUCUCUAUGAAUCGGCGACGGAGUUUACGGCUUAGCAAGCCGUGAAAAACUUACAGUCUUUACCGUCAUAAUUUCUUAUUAAUUUGGUUAAUCUUGGGGCAUACGGCUAGGAGGCGUUACAGAGGCAACAUGGAGUUAGGUUUGGAGGCGCAUUAUUAUUGCUGCAAGUUAUAGGUGCAUUGAGUUUGACAUCGUUCAUGGGAGAGUGUUAACUGAUACCUUGGGAUAUGCCUGUGAAUGAGCAACGGCCACAGUAUAAGGGGGAAAAUAGUAGCAAUAAGCUAAUGGGAGGAUUACAUGAGUCUAUUGUUGACUCUGCCAUAGCGCUUACCGUGGCUCUUGGAUGAAUGAUACCAUUACGUCACAACUCAUUUUGAAUUCACUAUUGAAUCUAUUAUUUUUCAUGGGUUCAAUGUAAUGUGUGCUAAAGCGAUAUGGCUUAUGGCUUGUGGCAUAUAGCUUAUCUUGUAACAUGGGGGAUUCUAUCGCUAGUUUCUAUCCUUUUCGUCCGAAGUUGACCUAAGCCUGAUAAAUGUUUCAGUAUAACAGGAGUCCCUGGCCUGUGAUUGGCGAAACGAAACUUUGACGAUACAACGAUAUCUUGGUUUUUCAACACACCAAGUUUCAC